UGUACUAUAACCUAGUUUGUCUAGCGAAUUUACUGCACGUUAUGAACGCGCCUGAGUAUAAAUAUGUAAAUACAUAUGAUCAAAAAGCUAGCGCCAGAGGACAAGCUAAAGCAAACCUGUGCUCGAACAUCCCCGUUUGUGGGGGUUCCAACAACGCAAACCCAGAAGGGCAAGCAGAGACGACCCGCAUCCACUUGAAAGCUUUAUUCAGAUAUUGUUUACUGGAUUUUAAACGAAGCGGCGAGGCUGACGCUCCUUGGGACGGCGAGAUUGCACGCACAUGUACGAGGAAUACUUUUGCCCUAACUUGGUGGUAAAAUGCCAUGUUUAUAGUCUUUCUGAGGGCUCUAACGUUACAUAUCGUUAGCUACAUGUAAGUUGCACGGUGAUCGAAGAAAACAUAUGGUGAUGGUUUAAAGAGGAGACGGCUGCUUGAAGGAUUUGUAUCCCAACAACACAUUUGGUAUUUCAGCCAGCCUAAAACCAGGCGGAUAUAUACAGGAUUUUUUUCCUCAACAAGAAACAUAGCACAGUGGGGAAAUGCUAGGAUUUCUUCCAUCCGGCGACAAUCGUGAUAUCUUUUAAAGGGAAUUUAAAAGGAAUGGGCUCCCUUGAAAUACUUUCAACUUCUUGAUUUACCUUCAAAGCUGGGAGAGAUGACCGUGGGUGCAUGCUGGAGCACAGAAGACCGUUUGGACCUUUCUAGUGCGGGAGGGUCCCUGGAGGAGUGCGCCCCCUAGCUGCAGUACCUCCCUCCUGAAGCCCCUGUGUACAGUCCUCAGCCAGCCAGGGGGUCGUGACCCCCUCCAGCAUCUCUUGGUUUCCCCUCCCCUCUGGCCUUCAAACCAAUGCUACAUCAUUCGUAUCAUGGGAUGCAUCAAAUCCAAGCGCAGGGACUCGCCGCAGUGUGCCAACUCUGUGGAAAAGGCGGAUGGCAAACCAGGCAAGCGUCCAGCAGGAGAGAGGGUCGUGCUGGUCAACUCAGAGGUUGGGCCCGGGGAGGAGUCCCCGCGGGUCAACCCGGUCCUGCUGGACUAUGCUCAGCGGCUGUCGGAGGAGAUCGUCACCCGGGCGGUGCAGCAGUGGGCGGAGUUGGACAGUCGGUACAGUGACAUCCCAUACAUCGAGUGUGACGUACCAUGAGGUCUGUCCCAAUCAAACACCACCCACCCCCCCCCCCCACCCCACUUUACCUCUCCCUUCCUUCUCCCCCCUUGUCCCAGAGUAUCUGA